AUGGGCGUAACCUUGAAAUCAACCAACGAUUUAUGCAAAAUGUUGAGUCCCGAGAUGCUCCUUUCAUGGACUAUGUGGGUCAAACUUCUUUCUGAAAAGCUCAAGCCCGUCUUCUCAAUGCUUAAUGAAAGUAAGGGUGUUUUGAGAAGUAGGGUUUCUUCAAAAAAAGGGGGAGAUGCAGAGAAGUCAAGAGAGAAAAGGGACAAAGUGCUUGAUGAACUCAAUGCUCUCGGGAAAAAACUUGAUGCCGAAGAAGCUGAAGUCAAAAUUUCAAAAUUGAUUCUUGAAAAUCAAAAAACCUUAUAUCCAACCUGGACGCUUGAGCGGAUAGAAAAGGAAUCGCUUGACGAUCCAAAUCUCUAUUGGUUGGAACCAACAACCUCUUUUAACAUAAAUAAUGAUGUAGAAUGCUAG